CACUUCCACCUGCUCAUUCGUCCCCUCUCCAAAAAACUCUAAACAGUAAACACUCCCAAUUCUCCACUUCCACGCCAACAGAUCUCUUCUUCUCCCUCUCCGAACCCUAAUUUCUCUUCGUUAUUCUUCCGUAAUGCGUUUCUUGUACUGCAUUUUGCUCUUCUUGCUUCUGAUUUGCGCUUUCCGGAGCUGCCAUGGCCGCAUCUUUAGCUUCAAGAUGCACCACCGCUUCUCCGAACAGGUCAAGAAGUGGUCCGGUGUCUCUGGGAAGUUGUCUCUUCCUGAUUCUUGGCCGGCCAAGGGAAGCAUUGAGUAUUAUGCGCGACUUGCCCUCCGCGAUCGCUACUUCCGCGGCCGGAGGCUCUCCGAAUUUGAUGGACCGCUGGCUUUCUCUGAUGGGAACUCGAGCUUUCGGAUUAGCUCGUUGGGAUUUCUGCAUUACACUACCGUACAAUUGGGGUCUCCGGGAAUGAAGUUUAUGGUGGCACUUGACACUGGAAGUGAUCUGUUCUGGGUGCCCUGUGAUUGUAGUAGAUGCGCGCCCACGGAGGGCUCUCCUUACGCUUCUGAUUUUCAGUUGAGUGUAUACAACCCCAAAGAGUCAUCUACUAGCAAAACUGUUCCUUGCAACAAUAGUUUGUGUGAACAGCAGGAUCAAUGCAUAAUGGCCUUUGGAAAUUGUCCUUACGUUGUCUCCUAUGUCUCAGCUGAAACAUCAACCACUGGUAUAUUGAUAGAGGAUGUUCUACACUUGAAAACUGAAUAUAAGGAUUCGGAACCUAUCCAGGCAUACAUCACGUUUGGCUGCGGGCAGGUGCAGAGUGGCUCAUUUCUUGAUGUUGCAGCUCCCAAUGGCUUGUUUGGGCUCGGCAUGGAGCAGAUAUCAGUUCCUAGCAUAUUAUCUAGAGAAGGUUUCAUGGCAAAUUCUUUUUCUAUGUGCUUUGGUGAUGAUGGAGUCGGAAGGAUCAAUUUUGGAGACAAGGGUAGUCCAGAGCAGGAAGAGACCCCAUUUAAUGUGAACCAAUUACACCCAACCUAUAAUAUCACAGUUACUCGUGUUCGAGUGGGCACAACUCUAAUUGAUGCAGAUAUAACUGCUCUUUUUGACUCUGGGACAUCUUUUACAUACUUCACCGACCCAAUCUACACCAAGCUUUCCGAAAGUUUCCAUUCACAAACAAGAGAUGGACGUCGCCCCCCUAAUACAAGGAUACCUUUUGAAUAUUGUUAUAACAUGAGUCCAGAUGCAAAUGCUUCUCUGACACCUGGUAUUAGUUUAACUAUGAAAGGUGGAAGUCCCUUUCCUGUCUAUGAUCCGAUUAUUGUCAUCUCCACUGAGAAUGAACUCAUUUAUUGCCUGGCCGUGGUCAAGAGUGCUGAACUGAAUAUAAUUGGACAAAACUUCAUGACUGGCUACCGUAUUGUAUUUGACCGGGAAAAGCUUGUCUUGGGCUGGAGGAAGUUUGAUUGUUAUGACAUUGAGGAACAAAAUCUCUUUCCAACGAAACCAGAUGUUACUACAGUUCCUCCUGCUGUUGCUGCUGGAGUAGGUAAUAACUCUAGUCCAGGAUUAACAAAAGAGACAAAGUUUAGUUCUCAAAUUUCAACUGAAUCAGAAUUCAAUAGUUGCCAUUCUUCUCUUUUGACUUGUUUCAGAUUUUUCAUCAUAUUGCUUUUUUUACUAUAGACAUUCAAUUUUCAAUGUUUUCUGGGCCAUCUGGUGACCCAUGUAUAAACGCUCUGUGAUGUCUUUAUAUCAUGACCUUAUCUUAAUAUUGAUAGAGCUCCACUUUAAAUU